AUGAUGCCUGCUGACAUGAAGAAUAUCACUACAAGAAAGAACAUGCGCAGUUUGAAGUCCAAGGAACCAUCCGUCCCACGUCGUCAGAGUUUGGCUCCAAGUGUCAAACUCUCUGGUCAACAGGACGACAACAACAAAAAGAAGAUGAUCUCCGCUCUUCCGAGAUUGUUGAAAACAGUCAGAAAAUCUAUCGCACCAGCUGAACAACUGCGCUUCAGAACCGAUGCGGAACGUGCAGCUCAUGAGGCAUACGACCACGUCAUUGAGAACUACCCUACGCACAACCGUUCGGCGAUGAAAUUCGAGGCUGACGUUGAUAAGUUCCCAGCCUUGCUCACUUACUGGAAGCAAGCAGACCUCGUAGAUCUGGAUAUGAUGCACAUCGGCGGAAUGAUUCGAAUGCACCAGUAUUGUUAUAAAGAAUUCAAGAAAACUGGUGAUCCUGUUCUUCGCGAUGCGGCGAAUUUCUUCAAAGUAACCGACCCCAAUUGCAUCUUCGGCUCAAACAUUUAUCCGAUCCAUAUGGUGUACUUAGGGAUCUUCAAAUGUGAUCAAGUCGAGAGCUGGUACCGGGAUUACUACUGCCACCGCGACUACGCCUCGAAAAAUAACAUCAGAAGCGAAUUCGACGAGGACAAGACUACCAAGUAUGACUUGAUCUUCGAUAAUCUUGGAAGAGAAGCUGUCGAAGUGCUCGUCACGGAAAUGAAAUUGCUCGAGGAUUACUGCCAAGAAAAAUUCGAGAACGACGAAUUGCCGAUUUACAAGAAGGGAGCCGAGUUCUGGAAAAAGGCUUCUCCAAUGCACCUUCCAAGAAACUACCAGCUGGCAUUGAUUCUCAAGAACCAGGAAAAAUGGGAGGACCAGAUUGUCGAGGAAUGGUUCAGAAUGUUAUACGAAGAGAGAAGCUGCCGCGGUGCCCGAGGAAAGGACGUUUUCAAUUAA